AUGUCAGGCCACCAGGUGCGCGAGUUGGACGCUGGACUGGAUUACCUACCGCGGCUUUACGGAUUGAACGUCGCCGAUAAUAGAUUGACAGAAGUGACGUCAUCUUUCAUGGCCGCUGCUAGCAGUCUCCUUAUGCUCGACCUCAGCCGAAAUCAGCUGACGUCACUUCCUGGCGAAGCUCGCCGCCUGCCUAUACAACAUCUUAAAGUAACAGGGAACCCUUUCAAGUGUUCUUGUGAUUUUAUCUGGUUUGGCGAGUGGGUUCGUACUGUCAUCGGCAACGUUUCAUCUAAAGAGCAGCAAAGCCUUCGUGGCCAGAAGGAGACCUAG